GCGCUCUGCAUCCCUCAUCGCGGUGACGUCACGGAGCUUCAUUCUGUCAAGAUGUUGUUCGGUUCCGCGGAUGAGCGCAGAUCAGCGUGAUUGCAGCGACGACAGAGCGACAAAAUAAAAGAAAUCUAAGAUCUGUGACAUCAGCAUUUAUUAUGGAAUUAAAGAAAGCCAUUUCUGAGAGCGACGGGAUGAUGAAAACAUACGGCGCGAUGCACGAGACAAACCGGAGUAGAGACAAAGGCCAGAUGGACGUGUCCAUGGCAGAAAGCUCCAUGUCUCCAGACGAGAUCGAGGCGGAAAUGGCUCGGAUUCAGCGCCUGCGGGAGGUGCUGGUGAGACGUGAGUCCGAACUGAGAUUCAUGAUGGACGAUAUUCAGCUCUGCAAAGACAUUAUGAACCUAAAACAGGAACUGAGGAAGAUAGUGACAAUGCCAGACGCAGAGAAGACUAAGAAACAUCGUCAGAGAGAAGAAAAAUUAAUCCAGGAGAUUCAUCAGCUGGUGCAGAAGAGAGAUUUCCUGGUGGAUGAUGCUGAAGUUGAGCGUCUGAGGGAGCAGGAGGAAGAUAAAGAGAUGGCAGAGUUCCUCAGACAGAAGCUCAGCGUUAUACAGAGGGCUUUCACAGGACUUGCAAUGGGCAUCAACACACACUCCACUCAACUCUGACCUUGACAUGACAAGCAUUGCACAUUGCAUGAUGCAAGGCAGUUGCUAGGAGCUCCAAAGCCAAGAAUGGCUGAACCUCCACCCAACAAACCCUCCAUCGCCAAGAGCAGCGCGGCCAUCAUUAAAGACUGCUGCGGAGCCACCCAGUGCGUUAUCAUGUGAAGAUCUCCCACCAACGUCAC